GUAACUGAACGGUUUUUUGCCUUUGGAAAAGUUUCAGCAACACCAAAAACAACACAUUAACUACAGCAGCUACAACCACAGCUAUUCAAAACCGCAUUAAGAUGUAUCUGUCACACCAUUUAUUGAAUGCGCUCGCAUUUAUCUGCUUGAGUGCUAUGUUCUGGCCUCAAAGCUGUGCUGAUGUGCUGGACACCCACCCCAUCAACAACCUGUACAACAAUUUACUGCAGCGUGAAUAUGCCGGUCCGGUUGUUUUUCCUAACCAUCAGGUCGAACGCAAAGCUCAACGUUCGCCUUCACUGCGACUACGGUUUGGUCGCCGCAGCGAUCCGGAUAUGUUUUUGCCCGCCGAGAAACGUUGGUUUGGCGAUGUGAAUCAAAAACCUAUACGUUCACCAUCACUACGUUUACGUUUUGGUCGUCGCAGUGACCCCAGCAUGCCACUUCACAGCGAAUUAGAUGCUCUAAUGAAUGAUUUAGCCGGUGUGAGCAGCAAUGGCGGCAUUCCUACUGAUGUAGACGACUCAGUCGCAUAUUUCGCUGAUGAAUAUCCAGAGGAUAUUUUGGACAGUAAUUUUGAGCGCGUGGCGCGCAAACCACAACGUUUACGUUUCGGACGCAGUUUACCAAGAAUGCAGAACAAUUUGGAUGAGGAAUUAGAGACCGCCCGGGAACAACGUCAACAAACCGAGGACUUCUUCAACUCCCUUCUAACUUCGGAAAAAUUACACAACAUGCUGCUCUCACUCUCACAAUAUGAUGCCGAACCCUUACCUGCUGAUGUUAUGGCUCUUAACAAUAACGAUGACGGAUUCCAGCGCGAAGUACGCAAGCCAGCACCUCUGCGUUUGCGAUUUGGUCGCAGCACUGGCGGCAAUACCGAAGGACAAAAGAAGGUCACUGCACAAAAUGCCAUUAAUGUGGACAAAAACGCGGAAGUAGCAACGCAGCAAGCUCCAGCACAAGCUAAGAAUUAAAUUUACAAAAUUUUAAGCCCACAACUACUUGCAAUGCAACAAUUUUUAUGCAACAAUUGGCGACUAAGCAAAAGGCAAAUGCAGGCAGAAUACUGAUGUUGGAUGAAUUCUAUGGAAAAGAAGUUUAAAAAUAUCUCUUAAUUUAAAAUAUAUACCCCAGAAAAAAACGUGCGAAAUAUUAUUAUAACCUAACCCUGUAAACAUGCGAGCAUACCCACACACUUUAAAGGAAUAAAAUAUUUACAAAAAAAAUUUUCAUGUUUGCUUCAAAAUUUUUUUAUGUUUUCAUAAGCCGUUACGCAUUGCCACCAACUCGUAUGUUUUUAUUGUUAACAGUUUUCCAAUACCUACCCUGAUCUAACAAAUAGACGGUUGUUUGAAAUUAUAUCGUUUAAUAUUUA